AUGUCAAACAAUACAACCAAUGAAUCCGAUAAUGAUUCAUCAUCAAGUGAAUCUGAUGAUGAAAUGAUAAACGAUAAACAAGGUGGCUCGAAUUCCGAUCAUAGUGUAGAAUAUGAAGAUCAUAGAAAUACUAAUACUAAACGUAUUGAAACAAUCGAUGUAAGCGAAGAAUCUUCAGGUAUUGGCAACGGUGGUGAACGAGAUGUUGUUGUUGUCGCAGAAAAUAACGAUGCUGGUGAAAAUGAUGCAGUUGCUUCUGUAAAUAAUCAACUCGAAAAUCAGGGUAAUUGGAAACUACGAGCUAUCGUUCAUUUCAAACAUCCGAAAAAGACUUUCACUAAUGCAACAGGCGUUGGUGAAGUAACAACGUGGGAUCUUGUUGAUGAUACUGGUUCGAUGAACUUAGUAGCGUUUAACAUUCAGUCAAACAUGAUGACCAAUACGUUGAUUAUUGGAAAGUGUUACGAGAUGUCUCAUCUGUCGAUAAAAACAGUUGAUCGUGUGUAUAAAACCUUGUCCAAUGAUGUUCAACUUCUCGCAACUUCUCGCACAUCUGCUCAUGAAGUUGUCUCGAAUUUCACAUAUGAACCAGUUGCUAAUUUUGUCACAUUGCAAGAAAUCGAAAAUUUACCAUUGCAUUCAAUCGUUGUUAAGAAAUCUUUCGCUGCUUUCUUUCUUUGUUCAUUGAUGAAUAGGACUCAAUCUGAUUCAUCGAUAUUCACAUGGUCCAUGUUUUAUUUAGAUGUUAAUGUACAAGUUUUACGUGAUUAUGGUACAACAACGGGAUUUUCUAAUAAUUAUUCAUGGAGUCGACGCGAAAUUCACGUCGGACAAAAUGGUGUUGCUAUUCGAAUGACUCUCUGGAAUGAUCAAGUACGAUAA